GCUAUGGAUGGAGAGAGAGAUGCUGUUGCCAGGGAACAGCAGCCACACAGAGGACCACUGAACACAACAGUAGGAUUAUCAAAUGGAGUAAAGGGACACAGAGACUGGAGCUCAUUUCUUCUGUAUGGUGCUCAUACAGGGGGAAACCCAAAGAAGGGUGUGAAUUAAUAUUUGGAGGUGGAAAAAAGAUCCUCCAAAGGUAUUUGGAGUUAACAAGCAGAGAAAAGAGGGAGAUCAUGAUGCCAGAGCAGAUGCAUUCUGAUUAAAGGAAUUUUGUGUCUUGGUGGUGUGGACGUAUGAGCUGAGAGGCAGGCUGUCGGCUCGCUCUUCACGGCCAGUCUUUCCCCAACAAAGGUGGCCAGAGGCGGAGGAGAAGAGGGGGAGUCCAGCACAGAGGUGCCCCCUGUCCUCAGACACCUGCUGCUGGCUAGCGGCUGACAUCGAGGACACUGUAUGGCUGUGUCUGUGCAUCAGUGUGUGUGUGUGUGCAUGUGAAUGAGUGAAAGACAGGGAGCGUGAGAGGAGAAAUUUCAGCCUGACCUCUGCUUCUCUGUUGGUGUGGAGGAUCAGGACUUUCUCCUCUAGAAUCUUUGAGUCUGCUGCUGAGGAGGAGGGAGGACGCACAGACGAGCGAGAGGUUUAGAGGAGAUCUCACACCGCUCAUUGUAUGAGACUCUGACCUGCUACAAACAGGCCCCGGCUCUCCUCUCUGAGGGAUGGGCACCACAGAGGCAACUCUACGAAUGGAGAACUUGGAAGUGAAAGACGAGUGGCAGGAUGAAGACUUCCCCAGACCACUACCAGAGUACGGAGACAUGGAUCCCUCUUGUGGUCUCACAGACGACAGAGCCUCUCCUCCUAACUCCCUGAAUGUGAGCCCACCUGGAGGAGGAGGUGGCAGCGGAAUGUCCUCCACCCACCGCAAACGGCGCACACUGGUUGCCCCAGAGAUGAACCUUUCCCUGGACCAAAGCGAGGGCUCUUUGCUGUCAGAUGACUUCCUGGAUACACCAGAUGACCUGGACAUCAACGUUGAUGACAUCGAUACGCCUGAUGAGACAGACUCACUGGAGUUCAUCACCAAUGGCAACGAGCUGGAGUGGGAGGAUGACACACCAGUGGCCUCAGCCAAAGCAGGUCCAGCUGACGGUUCAGGAGAUGUGGAUGGGGAGGGGAAUGCUAACAAUGGACGCCUCUGGAGGACUGUGAUCAUUGGAGAACAGGAGCAUCGUAUUGACAUGCAGGUCAUCAGACCCUACCUCCGGGUCAUCACACACGGAGGUUAUUAUGGCGAGGGCCUCAAUGCCAUCAUUGUUUUCUCUGCGUGUUACCUGCCUGACAGCAGCUGUCCAGACUACCACUACAUCAUGGAGAACCUCUUCCUGUACGUAGUGAGCAGCCUGGAGAUGCUCGUGGCUGAAGAUUACCUGAUCAUCUACAUGAAUGGAGCCACUCCUCGGAGUAAGAUGCCUGGGAUCAGCUGGCUGAAGAAAUGUUACCAAAUGAUUGACAGAAGACUGAGGAAAAACCUGAAGUCUUUGGUAAUCGCUCAUCCCACCUGGUUCAUACGCACCGUCCUGGCUAUAUCAAGGCCUUUUAUCAGUGUGAAGUUCAUGAAUAAGAUCCAGUACGUCCACAGCCUGGAUGAGCUGGCAGAGAUCGUCCCCAUGGAGCACGUCCAUGUUCCUGAGUGUGUGGUGCAAUUUGACGAGGAGAGGAUUAAAGCACGGAGGGAAAGGAUGGAGCAGGAGCACAGACAGCAGGAGCAGCAGCAGUCAGUCCCACAGGAGCCAAUUAAAAAGUCAGAGAGGCCGAAGUCGAUGAUUGUAGAUCAAGGAUUAUGAGAAGGACAGAGCUUUGCAGCCGAAGUGUGUGACAAACGUAUGGAGCAUGAACCCUUGGUUUUAUCACCGUACGAAGCAGUGGGUCCAACAAGUCUAUGUGCUUCCGUCUUUAACCAACAUCCAGCCAAUGAUUUGUGCCGUCAAGACGGUAAAUGCUCCGCCUCAUUAAUCCCUCUACGUGGAACCCCUUCUCUUUCUCUGCCAGAUGGUUUCAUACUGCAACUUGAAAAUGUACGUUGGAAGUCAGCGCUCUGUUACAGGAAGUGUGUCUCUGUGGAAACUAUUGUUGGGUUCAUCGAUUCAUUAACCUGCUGUGUGGUCGGACCUGUUGUAUCACUUUUAUUGUAUAAUUGCAUCAUCAUGAGGCUUUGGAAGACCAGGACGUUGACAGAAACGUAUAAUGCAACACAAAUAGACUGGGACAUUAAAGAAAGACGUUUGACUGUGGCAAUGUUGGGCGACACAACUGUAACUCCAAUUAUGGAUGUUUAAACUUAAUUUCAUGGAAGAUGGCUUUCAUUUUCCGAAAUUGUACUUUUGGUUAAUAAUAAAUUAAAUAUACUAAAUGAACUCAGAAAAAAGGCCAAAUUUUACAUCAACAAUUCCGAAAGUCUGACAACUGGAGAUAUAAGCUUUUUGCCUGACGCCAGUGAUGUGUAAAUAUGUUAUGUAAGAUUUAACACUUGACCACAGAUGUUUCACAGCAACAUUAUUGAUGUAGCAGAUGCUGAUCUUGGGUCAGUGUGUGACCACCUGACCAUGCACACAUUAAUAUUCACGCUGGCUCGUGUGAAUAUAAUGUGUGUUAGAUGUAAAUUACAAUGCAUCAAAUUCCUUCAUCUUUAUAAUUAUUAUUAUUAUUUGCCUCAUACCUGCUGUAUCCUAUGCCUUCUUGAGCUCUCUCUCUUUUGCUGUACUGACAUUUCGGAAAUGUCAAAAUGUACUAACAUCUGUACUGUACCUUGUGUUUAUGAUGUGCCUCAGUCAUCUUGUGUGUUGAAAAUACAGAACAUGAACAUUUGCAUUUUGUGGCCUGGAACACCCAUAUGAGAAAAUCUUUAAGAAUUAUAUAUAUAUGUAUUUAUAUAUGUAUAUAUAUAUAUAUAUAUAUAUAUACAUAUAUAUACAUAUAUAUAUGCUGAAAAUAUAAUGUUUAUUUUAUGUAAUUUUAUGUAUUUUAUGGCCACUUAGAUGUCAUAGAACAUUUAAAGGUAGGCUAUACUAUGCGGGAAGUCGAAAGUUAAAGUAAAAGCCAACCCAGAUUGACUCUAGUCAGUGUUUCGUCUCGUCAUAUUUGUGUUUUUUGGCACUGUGUCUCUUUAACGACUGAUGCUUAUGGUCUGGUACCUGAUGGCUACACACCCACAAAUGUCCCGAACACAGAAAUAAGAAAAUGCAGGCAGAGUCUCUGCAGAAAAAUACACCUCCCAACACUUCUGAUGGGUCAUAAGUGAUGACUAGGAGGGAUUACUUCUGUCUGAGUCCAUACAUUGCUUUUUUAAGGGAAUUCCUGCAUAGUAUACCUUUAAACAAAUAUGCUUUUUAUCAAUAUUUUAGACUAUGUAGUCUGCAUAUUCCAUUCUGUAUGUCAUGUAUAAGAUAAAUAUAAUGCUAGCCCACCAUAUACAAAACGUGCAAUUAUUUUUUUAUGACAUUUGUAUCAAAGUGGCCAUAAUUAAUACACAAACUUUGUACGAAUAAUUGUACUUUAAUUUGAUUAACUGUGCAUAUCUAUAAUUCUUACUGAUUUGUUUCAUAUGGGAACAUUUGCUCAGAUUGUGAAAACAUGUUCUGCGACUAACUUGAUGAAGUAUACAGCGUCCUAUGAAAGGAAAUUUCAGAAGCAUAAAGUUUAUGUAGCUUAUGUGGAGUUUGUGAUUUCCAUUUCAGCGGCAUGACAUCCCCUCAUGUUUUUUUUUUUUCUUAGUGUGGCUUUAUCUAUUGAAUAUUUGGGACAAUGUCAGCACACUCCCAUUUAACAGAAGUUUAAACUUUUGUCAGACACCCUAAUUGCAUUAUGGAUUGGACGAUUCUUGGGUUAAGUUGAUUUUCUUGUGUCUUCCAUCUCUUCAACUCACAGUAGCAGGAGGGCAGAGGAGGAAGAACUUUUAUUUU